CGAACAUAUUAACAGGCAGGUUUACAAAAUAAUUCAAGUUUUGGAGAGAGUGGUAAUCCUUGCUGGGUGCGCGUAGGAGGUUUAAAGCCAGACUGCUGAUUCACCAUGUGGAACACUCUUCAUAAGUACAGAUCCAAUCUUAUAUUAUGUAUUAGGAUUUCAUGCUUCUUAGGGUUCCUGGGGACUUCUCUUGUAAUAUCUUGGUCUUCUUUGACUGCAUUUGUGGCAUUGUUAGUUUCACUUUAUGCAUUAAAUGACGCUGAAGAUAAAAGAGAUGCAAUACCAAAAUUGAAUAGGAAUCCUUUGAAAGGCAAGCCACAAAUCAGUGUUGAUGACCUUCCAAGAAAGGUCAUUGACCUUAUGGAGCACAAGGUCACUGAACUUGUGACCUAUGAUGCAGAGGACGUUGACUCUUUAGCAAAUUUUGAGACUCUGAAAAUGAACACAGAAUGCAUAUUUGCAAAGAAGGCACGGUUAUGGGGUUCUCCGAAAUGGAAUUAUGAUUUAAGUAUAGAACACAAUAUAUAUCAAAGUGUGCCAACCUUCCUCAAGUUUACAUGUUUAUGUGAACCUCUUGGUCUGGAUGGUUUUGUCUAUGAACUUCCAGGAGACUAUGGCAAGGAUGUCCAGACAUUUGGACAAGCUGUGCGUAGGGUUUUGACAACAAUAUCGGACCACGAUCCUUCUGGCGUGCAUUGCAUGAAGCAGUCCUUUAUCGCCAAAAGAGGAUGGGUGUUCCAGUUCAACAAAAUCACUUUCUUUGUGACGACGUUUGCACCCUGCUACCCAGAUAACCACUCAAGAUAUGCUUUUGACUCUGAUCAUGCCUAUAUACUUUUACAACCAGAAAUUUCAUUUGCUCAGCACGAUCUUCCCUCAGAUACCCCUGUGACUAAUUGGGGCAACCCUAAGACAGUUCGUGACAGGAUAAGGGUUGCCUUUAGAGAUGCAGGGAGGGAGUAUAAGAUUAGAGAUACUAUUUAUUUCCCCACUGUUUUAGAAAUUGUCAAACCUAUAGAAAGUAAUGGGCCAGAUGUUAAAUGGUGGAUUUCUGACAAAAAGAAUGAUUGAUAGCACAAAUAAACAUUUAAUUUUGAUGCAGUUGGAUUGGACACCAAAAUUUCUAUGUACUUUGUGCUGCUACAGUUCAAGCAAAUAAGCAUUAAGGCCACUUCUUAUAUAACUAACAAGCUUUGACCUCUCCCCACAGAGGUUGUUCAUUCAUUACCUCUGUUAAUUAGAGGGAAUAUUUUUAUUGGUGUGGCUUUUUCUGUUCAGUUGUUAGUGGACAAGAUAGAUCUUUCUCAAAGAGUCCUUUACAAAAUUCCAAUGAGAUUUAGAGGAUAUUAUAUAUUUUGAAAAGAAUUUUUCAUGGAGUUUUUCCAUGCCAGAAGUCUGCACUCUCGGAAUACCCUCUGUUUAUUAAUGAGCAUAAUAGCUGGUAUAUGUCAUGCAUCCUCUCAUUUCCAGCACAAAUCCUUGAUCAGGUCAAGUCA